GUUAAACCUCAAAGCUCCAUUGGACGACAGCUUCUCUCCCCCUCUUAAACCCUACGCUCCGACGACGGUUGCGGCUUCUUGCCGGUGUUGCGCUUUUUUUGUUGUCGGAUAAUUCUCCGAGCAAGAUAGGCAUGGGGGUGGUGGCCGAGAAGAAGAAGAAGAAGAACAGGAAGGACAGUGAGCUCAAGCCAGUGGCCGAGAAGGAGGAAGCAGAGAUUGCAGCAGAAGCUCAAUCCGACGAAGACGAGAAUCUCAGCGGCGGGACGUCGCCUUCGGAUUCAGGCUCUGAAACCGAUUCGGAUCGUCAGGAAUUUUCCGAGGAUGGCGAAUUUGAAGGUAAUGAAUCGCCUGUUGACUCAGGCGCUGAAGAGAGUGAUUCUUCUGAAGAUGAGGGUGCUGUUAAAACAGGCGGCGAUGUUGACGUAAGUGUAAGUGAUGAUGGCCGGGGUGAUGCAGAUGAAAAUGAAAGCUCUGAACUACCCUGUGGUGGGGAAGAGAGUGAUUCUUCGGAAGACGAGGUUGCACCUAGGAAUACGAUUGGAGAUGUUCCUCUCAAAUGGUACAAGGACGAGGAGCAUAUCGGAUAUGACAUUACCGGGAAAAAGCUUAAGAAGAAAGAGAGAGAAGAUAAACUAGAUGCAUUUCUCGCGAGCGCUGAUGACUCGAAAAAUUGGCAUAAGAUUUAUGACGAAUACAAUGAUGAGGAAGUCGAGUUGACAAAAGAAGAGACCAAGCUUGUCCGUAGGUUGCUCAAAGGGAAAGCUCCACAUGCCGAUUUUGAUCCUUAUGCGCCAUAUGUUGACUGGUUCAAAUGGGAUGAUGCCAUACACCCCCUGUCAAAUGCACCGGAACCAAAGAGACGAUUCAUUCCUUCAAAAUGGGAGGCUAAAAGGGUUGCGAAGCUUGUUAGGGCAAUUCGUGAGGGGCGAAUAAAAUUUGACAAGCCAAAAGAAGAACCACGUUAUUAUCUCCUGUGGGGAGAUGAUUCCAGCUCAACAGAGAAAGCUGGCCACUUAGCCUACAUCCCUCCACCAAAACCAAAGUUGCCAGGACAUGAAGAAUCCUACAAUCCUUCUCUAGAAUACAUUCCAACACAAGAAGAGAUUAAUUCUUAUCAGCUUAUGUAUGAGGAAGAUCGCCCUAAGUUUAUUCCUAGAAGGUAUACAUCCUUGAGAAGUAUCCCAGCAUAUGAGAGUGCUGUAAAGGACUCUUUUGAACGAUGCUUGGAUCUGUACUUGUGCCCUAGAGUUCGAAAGAAACGUCUCAACAUUGAUCCUGAGUCUUUGAAGCCAAAGUUACCGAGCCGGAAGGAUCUUAAACCCUACCCUGUUGCAUGUUAUCUUGAGUACAGAGGUCACAAAGGCGCUGUCACGUCCAUAUCAACAGAUGCUUCUGGGCAAUGGAUUGCUUCAGGUUCAAGUGAUGGAACCGUACGCAUUUGGGAGGUUGCCACUGGUAGAUGUCUUAGAGUUUGGGAGAUUGGUGAAUCGGUCCAGCAUGUAGCAUGGAAUCCUCUACCUGAGCUUCAUAUCUUGGCAAUUGUUGUGGGAGCAGAUUUACUGAUUCUAAACACUGGCUUGGGGACCGAAGUGGACCAGAAAAAGGUUAAGGAACUUCUCCAUGUUGGUACUGUAACCACUUCAGAUGAUAAAACCCCUGCAGUAAGCUGGCUUCAAGAUGAUAGGUAUAAGCAUGGGGCAAUCAGGUUGCAGCAUUUCAAGACAGUUUCAUCAGUUGAAUGGCAUCGAAAAGGAGACUAUUUAUCAACUGUGAUGCCAGCUGGUCAAUCAAAAGCGGUUUUGAUACACCAACUUUCCAAGAAACUUACUCAGGCGGUCCCAUUCAAGUUGCACGGUCUUCCAGUUACUUCAGUUUUCCAUCCCACUCGCUCCAUUUUCUUCAUUGCCACAAAGAAGAAUGUCCGAGUGUACGAUCUUUUGAAACAAAAACUCAUCAAGAAGCUUGAGACUGGACUUCGCGAAGUUUCCUCCAUUGCAAUCCAUCCUGCUGGGGACAAUGUCAUAGUGGGAAGUAGAGAAGGAAAGCUCUCUUGGUUCGACAUGGACCUUUCAUCUCAACCAUACCGAACUCUGACAUGUCAUCCAAAAGAUAUUACCAGUGUGGCGUUCCAUCGUUCAUACCCGCUCUUUGCUUCCUGCUCAGAUGAUUGCACGGCCUAUGUGUUUCACGGCAUGGUCUAUUCGGAUCUAAACCAGAACCCUCUUAUUGUACCCUUGGAAAUUCUCCGAGGGCACUCAAGCUCUAGCGGAAGAGGAGUAUUGGACUGCAAAUUCCAUCCCAGGCAACCUUGGCUGUUCACAGCUGGUGCUGAUUCCCUUAUCAAACUGUAUUGUCACUAGAAUCAUCGGACACGCAGCGGGACCCUCGUUGAAAUACUACGAAUUGGUAGCUCUGGACCUACAGAGUGAUAGCAUUUCAGGGCAAAAAAUGCCCACGUAAAUCCUGGGCGGUUUCGGUGUAAAUUUUGGUGAGUCAUGUAAGGUACUGAGGAAAGUGUGGCCUCAACCAUUAGUUUUCUACGUGGUAGCCCUCGAUAUCUAGUAUUCAUCUUUAAUUGUCUUGAUGUCAAACAAACAAAAAAUUUUUGCUGGUGGCGAUUAUUUAUACUGAAGGUUUUCUGUUCCGAUUUCCGGUGUA